AAUGAUGCCAUACAACAGAGAUAGGCAUUAAUAGAGAGAGGGUUUGGAAAAAAAACAGAACAGAGAGAGGGAAAAAUGGUCACUUUCAAGUCUGAACAAGAGUUGAAGGAGAUGGGAACACGCCUAACUAAGGAAGCAGAGCUCGUGCAACGACUCUCGUGAUAACAAAAACAGCCGGACCAACCUCCUUUAUUUUAAUAACAAGAAGACGGCCAGUAAAGCUUUGCCCUUUCUUUUCCUUUUUUUUGUUUUUACAUUAAAAAAUUGCAUAUUUUUCAAUAAAUUAACAAUUUCAAGCUCGCCAUGGUUGCUGCCCGAAACAAGUGCUAAAACCCAGCUUGGAGAGAUCAGGGAUCGAAAUUGAUUGGCCAUCUGCAAAUCCACAAGAUUAUUGAACCCCCGAAGAUAGAAGAAGUUGUUUAUUGUGGACAAGAAUGGGUUGUAGCUGCUUUGGUGCUUCAGUUGCUGAUAGGAAAAGGAGUUCUGGUCACUUUGGCCAUGAUCUUGAUGGAAAUUUGCUGGAAAAUAUUAAAACUUUCUCCUACAAUGAAUUAAGAUUGGCAACCGAUAAUUUCCAUUCCAGUAAUAAGAUAGGGCGAGGAGGUUUUGGAACUGUUUACAAGGGAACCCUGAGAAGUGGAAAGCAAGUUGCUGUGAAGACACUUUCCGCUCGGUCGAAGCAGGGAGUCCGUGAAUUCUUAAAUGAGAUUAUUGCUAUAUCAAAUGUCAGGCAUCCAAACCUUGUUGAGUUGAUUGGGUGCUGUGUUGAAGGAGCUGAUCGGGUUUUGGUCUAUGAGUAUGCUGAGAAUAACAGCCUUGAUCGUGCAUUGUUAGGUUCAAAGAGUAAAAACCUCAUACUCAAUUGGGAAAAAAGAUCAGCCAUUUGCUUGGGUACUGCUAGGGGUCUCAUGUUUCUUCAUGAGGAGCUGAUGCCACAUAUUGUCCAUAGAGAUAUCAAGGCUAGUAAUAUACUUCUAGACAGAGAUAUUAACCCCAAAAUUGGAGACUUUGGGUUGGCUAAACUCUUCCCUGAUAACAUUACUCAUAUUAGCACAAGGAUUGCAGGAACAACUGGUUAUUUAGCACCAGAAUACGCUCUGGGAGGUCAGUUAACCAAGAAGGCUGAUGUUUACAGUUUUGGUGUUCUUGCUCUUGAAAUAGUUAGUGGCAGAAGCAGCGCCAAGGAAAACUGGGGAGGGACAGAAAAGUUUCUCCUCGAAUGGGCAUGGCAGCUACAUGAAGAAGGAAGACUAUUGGAGCUUGUUGACCCAGAGAUGGGGGAAUUUCCCGAGGAAGAACUCCUUAGGUACAUGAAGGUUGCAUUUUUCUGCACCCAAGCAGCAGCAAGCCGAAGGCCAACGAUGAGCAUGGUUGUUGAGAUGCUCUCAAGAAACAUCAGAAUCAAUGAGAAGCAACUUACAGCCCCAGGUUUCUUCAACAAUUCAGGGAGCCUCAGCGGACCUUCUUCAAGUAAAAAAUCAUCUGCCGACACAACUAGCUAUCAGAUGAGUUCCGUCCCUGACACUAUAACUCAUUUAGCACCUCGCUGAAGAAGAAUAAGAAUAAUGCACUUCUUGCAAUUUAAAGGAAGACGGAGAUGAAAUUAUCUACUAGUCCACAAGAAGUUAUUCCAAUAGUUCAUACAGUUAUCUUCUUUAACCUUUUACACGUUUUUCGCUUCUUCGUCUUUUGUUAGCCAAUUUGAGAAGGGAGAGGGUGGUUUGAGCAGAAUUUAUUUGAGGUUGCGAAUUUGUAAUGUUAUGUUAGUCUGAUGCUGUUUUCUUUUUUCUUUUUGAUUCAAUCGUUAUCUUAUGUACAAUGGAAGAGAAGAAUGUUGUAUAGUGAAACAGAAUUUAAUCAAUACACACUCUUGACUCUUUUCUCUCCUA